CCAGUUCAACGUAUAGACGUUUUUCGCACCGCAAUACCUGCGUUUUAUCUUUCCGCGUUGAUUUUUUAUAACGAGAAUUCGCCAUUGGGUCGCUUUCGAGUGCGAUAAUUCCGCGCUUUGUUCGUUAAUAGUCCUUCUGGUCCUUCGAUUCGAUUCGGAAUUGUGUUAUUCCGGCGCGGACCUCGUGCAUCGAGGAUUUUAGGAUGGCGUAGUUGUGUUUUCAUUGUGUUUGUUUGUGUUGCCUGAUAGGGAAUUUUCGUGUUUGGUGGAAAAUUCGCUGUGGGUAGAAUUUCGAGAGCCCCGGCACGUUUGGAUUUAUUGUCACUGUGUAGUUGAAAUUUAGAAGAAUUUGUCUUCGCUAGAAUGUUACUUAUUAUUUCUUUGAAGUUGUGAAGUUGGAAUCUUCGAACUAUGAUAACAAUUCAUUGAAGAUAUGUAUUCAAACAAUGAAAUUGACAUAAAUUUAUUGCUGAAUUAUCCUUUAAUCUCCAAAAGUAUUAAAGAAGACGGGACGGUAACUUAUAAAGGCAUAAUAGAAAUAAAUGAUGAAGAUUACAGCGUCAGUAUUCUACAAAGCGCUCAAAAUAGCUUUACUGUACAAUUACCAGAAAGUUUGAAACAAUUCGAAAAUUAUUUUAAAACCUCGAACUCGCCCGAUAUAAUCAGUUAUCUGGAUCUAAUAAAGAAGCAUGUUUCUUCAAACGUUCCUCAGAAGAAGCCCAGCAACCACUGCGAAAUCUUCCGUCAAGUAUUACACGAAUAUCAAGAGUUUACGUUGUUUUUUAUGAACUUAAAAUCCAGUCAUAUAUCCUACGAUUUGAGCAAGAUCAACGUCAUCGCGUUAGACGAACAAAACCGAGAGCACCCCGUCGAAAUUCGCGUGAAUUUCGAGGAUAAAGCGAACAUUUUCGAGAUCAGCGAGUACGAUUUGCCUUGCGAAAAGGACAAAUUCAAGAAAUCAUCUUACUUAAAGGACGUUUACAACCAAUUCGUCCAAAUGGUGGAGUCUCUGCAGCCGUUUUUCAAUUUAAUGGACGAUUUCGACGCCAACUGUGAUAUUUUAGACCCCGUGCCGCAACAUCGAAGGCACAAUUAUAGGAGGAUUUGGCUUGGUGAUUCUUCGUCGAUUGUAAUAACAGUAGAUCCGUUCAAAUUGAGCGAAGUGCCUGUAAUUACCUUCCUUGGGCCAGAAGGAUUGACCGAUAUCUACGUGUCGAUGAAUCGAAAUGUACACAAUUGGAGCCCCACUAAUGAUUUGUAUCACGAAAUUCUCAAAUUCAUCGAAUUGGAGUCAUUCCCAAGAAAACCUGCGGUUCCUGAGGAUGAGAAAGACGGUCUUCUGCUCGAAACGGGAGGCUGCAGUAUUUGCUUUUCGCUCAAGUUGGACGAUAAGUUUCCGGAAAUAUUUUGCAAGAAUAAAUCCUGCAAUAAUUGCUACCACAUCGAGUGUUUGUACGAGUGGUUGGAGUCCGUUAAAGCCCCGACAGUUUGCCACAAGAAAGUCGGAGCCUGUCCCAAUUGCGAGAAGGCCAUCUCCUGUCCCAUACCGAGCUAGGAAAAACCUCAAUCCAGCAACAUUUCCUCGAUGGUUUUGUCGUCUCGAAGCGGACUGGGCGCCAAGCUGGGAUCGCUCUCCAAAAACUGCCUCAACUCCGACUCCAAAUCGAUGUUAACCACCUCGUUAGGCACCGUCGCGACGUCGGGCAUAGGCACUCCCAAGGCUUUCCUGAUCGCGGGCACGGUGGCCACGUCGGCCGGGUUCGCCCGCUUCACGAUAUCCGAGAGAUUCUCGGUGAUCGUCUCGGCUAUUUGGGUCUCCUCCUCGCUGGGCGGCGGGCAAUUGUUGAGAUUCGUCGGUACCGGCGUCGACAGCCGCUGGUACUGGUUGUUCUGGAGCUUCUCCAACAGCAGGCACAUGCCGUCGAGGCGCUGCUGGAGCUCGUGGCGCUCUUCGGCCAGGCGGAUUUCGUCGUCCAUGGU